AGCCGCCCUUCCGCCCUGCCGCCCCUCCUCUCGUGAACCGGGCUGGUACAGUCUGCCAGUCUGCCCAACUACCUCUGCCAGGUACCUUAUUAGCCUUCCCAUGACCCAUUCGAAAGCUUGUGCCGGCCAUGUAGGACUCACCUCCUCCCUGGAGACAAUGCCGGGAUAUCUUCAGAUCUUCAGCACCCACGACUGUUCAGACACUUCGCCAGCACCAGCAUCAUCCGGCACAGGCACCAGCGCAAAGAGGGGCUCUGACACGCACCUUGCGUGUCCCAGCUCCGUCCGGCAUGGCCCACCGGCCGCUCCUACCGCACACGCCCGUUGUGGAGUAUGACGAGGUUGCCGUGAUGUCGGACAUAGGGGACGACGUCGCCUUCGCCGUGGACAUGGACAGUCAUGUUGGGCCGGAAGAGGCUGCUGCUGUGGGCAGGACCCCUGGCGGGAGGCACCACUACCGCUCGCUCUCCGACGGCGGCGGCACACCACAGAAGUUCACGCCGGCCCAGCUCGCCGAACAGGCCCGGCGCACCUCAAAGGAUGACAGCACCAUCUCGCUGCCUCUGCGCGACUCCUUUUCCGCCUCCAACUCGCCCUCCGUACCCCUGGCCCUCCCCGUCACUCCUCACCGAUCAGAGUUCCCUGCGCGCUGCCUCUCCCUGCAGAUGCCACCCCAGGCCUCGACCCCUCCGUCCCAGCAACACCAACAACAGCCACACCAGACCCAGCACCAGAACCAGAACCAGACCCAGACCCAGAACCACCAGCAGUUCAACCAGCCCGGCUCAAAGCCCGCCCCGCUGUCUCCCAAGCUCGACCACUCCCAGAUAUACUCGUCACCCACCAACAUCCUGCCCCGCCGCUCCAGGGGUCUCGACUUCUCUCGUGCUGCCACCAGCCUCCACCACACCACCAUCGCAGAGCAGUCGUCGCCCGACUCGUCGCCCACCGUCGGCGGCCGGGCCAUGAACAUACCCAGCAGGAGAACGGGCGACUUCGGCGCACCAGAGCAGACCUCCAAUUCGCUCUGGUCUAUGAUGGGCAACCACGAGCGUUUCCACAUCUCGAGUUCCGUGGGGAGCGCCGCAAACAUAGUCUCCGACUCCUCCACAAGCUCCGACGAGGACGACAUCAUGGACGAGGACAUGGACGAGCCCUACCUGAUGACACCCCAGGCCGUCAAGAGCAACCCACACGCGGCACAAGCCGGCUCUGCUUGGCCAGCGGGGGUGGGGUCGCCAGCUGUCAACAGCCUCUUGUCCUUCCAGCAGCGACAGCGGCCUCGCAAACAACAAAAGAAGAAAGAGCGCGGCCCUUUUGGCAUGGGUUGCCCCCCAACCCCAUCAGCCGCCAACCUCUCCCGGUCCCCUCCUACAAACCCAAUACCCUACGGCAACAUGGCCAAGGAAAUGAGUUCGUCACAUGCCCGUCGUGAGAGCAUCAGCUGGGCCGCCAACCAAUUGAAUAUCGCGGGCAGUGAUAGUGAGGACAGUCCCAAGACCGGCGUCAACGUGGACGGCGUGCUGGGCCCCGGCGCAGAUCCUCAAAACAGGGUCGUGAGGCGCGCUGUCACUCGGCGGAGCAAUCUCCUGCCAAAGUCCAAGAAUUUCGCCCGCAUAAAGGCUGCGCUUGCUGAAGAAGGCGCACCUGUCGAGUCCGAGUUCAGACGGGAAUCAGAGGUCAUCCGUCAGGUGCGAGAAGAUAUAGACUUCGACCCACCCCGCCAGGCUCAACAGCCCGCGUCUGUCGCCGCCACAACGCAGUCAAGCCCCAGCAUGCCAAUACAGGACUCGCUCGAGGACGCAGUCGACGAUGCGAUGAUGGUGGACUCGAACGCCCUGGGGCUUUCGGGCAGCCUCAAGAACCAAGCGCAUAGAAAUUCCAAGGGAAGGAUGUUCUGGGAGAACUUCUCGGAGACAAGCAGUGUGGGCGGCUCGAGGACGACCCCGCCUCCCCCAGGCCCACCACGUGGCUCCUCGUCGGGGAUGAGUCUGGACGACAUGAACAUGGACUCGCCCUUUGCCAACUCCGGACAAGGAGGCAGCAACGGCGGCUUCAUGUUCCCCAUGAACACGACGCCCAGCUCGGGAAAUGACACCCCCCAGCCCAGCGGCUCUUCCUCCAUGCCAACGACCGAGCAACCGCUACCGCCGUCAGUGGCGGACGUCACGCGCCGGCUGACGAAACGCCGCCGCGACGAUGACCUCGACCCGGUCAGCUUCAAGCGCCGCGCCGUGUCGCCGGGUAUGAGCGUUCAGGGAUCUCCCAUCAUGCAGAGCCCCAUGCAGCACGCGCCCUGGGGGUCGAGGCCCGGCAGCAACGGAGGUGACCGUGGUGGGCGGAACGACACCCCGAACAGCGAGACCAGCGGAAGCGGCAAUGGUAACGGCAACGGCAGCGGCAACGGCGGCGAUAAGACGCGAGCUAAGGGCCGGAUAGGUUUCCAGGGUAUGGUGGACACUAAUGAUGGCAUCACGAGGCUAAGUAUCGAGUGAGGCACCAAGUGGGAAAGGGCCGGGGGAGCGGGCAAGCGGGCAAGCAGGAGGCUUCGCCAGGCUGCCGACUUUGGGGACGACUUGACAUGAUCAGUGGCAAGGCCACGCACAACAGAAGAAUUUGGAUCCUGGCCAUCCACCUUUCUUUCCUUUUGAUGGAAGGAGGCCAUGAAUCAGCACAGCAUUCAAGCGGCGUUCGCAGGGUGCAAAAGGGGAUCGUUCCCGACUCGGGACCAACAGGAAGUGGCCUUGCGCAGCGGAGGCGCACGAGGCGGAUUCCACUUCAAGAGCUUACGGAUGUGAUUAGCAUUAUAAGGGGUUGAUUAUCUAGCACGCCCCUAGGAUGGCGUCUCGUUCUCGUUUCUUCAUCGCCGGCCCCCUUGGUAGGCGCAUUGUACAUUGACCGUUGUAUUCAAACAUCAUAUUCAUAGCAAGAUGGUCAAGACGACCCUGCUGGCGUCGCUCAACAUGCGGCUCGUGAUGUGCACGUUUCCAAACCCUACCACGACGCGUUGUCUCGUCCCGUCGUCUACCUGGGCAUGGGCAGGCCGCGAGGCUUGCUCUUCAUGACCUUGGCACAAGUUUUCCGUACCUUUCGUUGCCGGCGUAGUCCCUUGCGCGAACGGCGUCUCGUAGGAUUACACACCGACCUGCCUCGAGCGCGCGCAGAAUGGUUCUCAAAAGUCCAUCUGGCCAGCCAUAUCCCCCCGACCGGAGCCGCAGAGAGCCGUAGGGCGGCCCCGGCCCCCGCCCCGACAAACAGACGUGUCCCGCACGAUCGGAUCGCAAACCCGCCAGCCCCCCCCCCCCGGGCACGGCCCUCACCCCACCACCCCCGUGAGGCCGUCCUCCGGGACGUCCAGCGCGCCCAGCUUGUCGUCCAGCCACCGCGCCAGCUCCUCCGCGUGCCGCCGCGUGGCCGCGACCCCGGCGGUCCCGGCGCCGAAGACGGUCGAGCUGGUGCUGGUCGUGGACAUGCCCGUGGCGGCGCUGUGGAUGCUGGCCGUCUCCGGGGGCGAGCCCAGCGGCUGGAACGCGGACGGUGGUGGCUGUGCUGUUGUUGAUGUUGAUGUUGAUGUCGUCGUCGUCGAUGUCGUCGGUGCUGGCGGCGGGGGGCUCGAGGCUGGCGUGUGGCCGUUUGCGCCGCCGGCCGAAGCGUCGUCUGCUGCUUGUGGGGGGCGGAGGCUCUGCUGUGACCCUCGCGGUGGGUGGUGUAGCUGGUGUAGUUGAGAUGUCUGGCCGCCUUGAUGCUGGUGCUGGUGCUGCUGCUGGUGCUGUGUCGCCGGCCUGCUCCCCUGCGCGUCGCUGCCGGCUGGCGGGCCCAUGCACACGAAGAGCAUGCCGCACCUCAGGCGCCGUAUCACCAGCACCGUGCCGCUCUCGAGCUGGAUGGUCACGGCCAGGGGCCCGUCGCUCUUGCUGGUGAUGCUGCCCCCGCCGCGGCUGGCCCUCCUGGCCCUGCUGCCGGGCGGCAGGGCGGCGUCUAUGGUAUCCUGGUCGGCGCCGUUGCUGUGGAUGGUGUAUAGGCUCGCCGCGACGGUGCCGUGGGUGCGCAGGGUGACGACGGGGAUGGGCGGCUGGGAGGCGUAGGCCAGGAGCUUGCCGUCGGGGGUGAGCAGCAGGAGGGUGGUUAUUUGCGCGGAGAGGUUGAGCUGCAGGAAGGAGGUCAGGCGCUUGGUGAGGAGGAGCGGCGGGGGGCGUAGGUGCGCCAUGUCUCGUCGCCGUGGGGCUCGGGUGCGCGUGUCCGAUGGCGUCUGUCGGCGCUGAUGUGCGUGGGAAGAAGGAGCGAGCUCGGGGUGAGGCGGUUCUAUCGGGCUCGGGACUGCAGCUUCGGUACCCCUGGUGGCUUGCAGGCAAUUUCGGCUGGUAUGUGUAGCAGCUUGCGGGCAGAACAGAGAAACUCGGAUGGCAAUGGCAGUACAGCAGUGGUGGUUGCAGUGGUGGUUCGGGCAGGUGUGAGGAGGAUCUGAGAUGGCGUGGUCUGAACAUGUGCUGGUGCG